CAAUCACGAAGGGGAAAUAAUGAAUACAAGAAUAAAAAUACAGGGACACGAAUGGAGGCAAUAGUUGCCAUAGACUUCCAGACGACCCGACUCUUAAGAAGCUUGGACGCAGCAACAAGCAGUCAGACAGUUGCCGGCGGAGAGGCUCCUUCAAGUGUGGGGUUUCCAAAAACUCUUUUUGUCGCCGAGAGCUUUGUGAUCCCCAGACCCAAAGGCGAGGAUGUUCCUCCACGUGGGACCGCAGACUCUGCUUGUGCGCGCGCUCCUGGUCGCUGCCUGGGGCUUCCUGCUCUCGGCUCCUCGCGUCGUCAGCGGGCGCAGUGUCGUCCACAAACCCAAAGCCAUCACUCUCUCUCUGGGCAAAGGGCCUCAGUAGGGAGGCCGGGACCCUGGGCCUGUUCCUUGCCAAUGUGCCUGGAGGAUUACAACCGUGGGCCCUUCGUGAGGCCUGACACAAGCCUCAAGCCUCAAGCCUCAAGCCUCAAGCCUCAAGCCUCAAGCCUCAAGCCUCACCUCCGACAUUGA